UCAAAUUGUCAGUGAUCUAUAGUCUCUGCUUGGCUACAAUGAAUGAAGUGGUCGUGUUUGUGUAAAUGAUAGUGGAACAAAGAAUUUACAAGACGAAUUAAAUGAGGCUCGGCAGAGUAUCGCUGUUUAACAUUACUCAUGAGUACGGAAGAGACUCUGUUGAACCUCGAUUUCGACAAGCCGCACAAUCCAAUUACGCUGCCGGAUGACGGCGUGGUAUCUCUGUCCAGUAGUGCUGAGGAGAUUUGUUUAGUGCCAGAGGUCGGUUUUGAGGGCAACGUGGAUUCCCCGGGGGUCAACCGGGAGUCGCAGCCGCUCCUGGGCGGCCGUGGCGACUUCGAAGUGUCCUACAACCAUUUUCCAGAUGACCCGCAGUUCAGUGAGCUGGUGUGGCAGGCGGAGGUGGCCAUCGACAACAACAUUUUCCCAGAGAGGAUAUACCAGGGCUCCAGUGGCUCCUAUUUCGUAAAGAACCCUGGUGGAAAAAUAAUAGGCGUAUUCAAACCAAAAGACGAGGAGCCGUACGGCCGGCUAAAUCCAAAAUGGACGAAAUGGAUGCACAAGCUCUGCUGCCCGUGCUGCUUCGGCAGGUCCUGUCUGAUCCCCAACCAGGGGUACCUCUCGGAGGCCGGUGCGAGUCUCGUCGACACCAAGAUUGGACUCAAAAUCGUGCCAAAAACUAGGGUGGUGAAGCUGGUAUCGGAAACGUUCAACUACUUGCGGAUAGACCGGGAGCGCUCGCGGCUCAAGCGAGCCAUCACCGAGCAGUUCCCCAACCUGAGGUUCAACAGGAUGGGACUCCCGCCUAAGGCGGGAUCGUUCCAGCUGUUUGUGGAGGGCUACAAGGACGCGGACUACUGGCUGCGGCGCUUCGAGCAGGACCCGCCGCCCGCGCACGUCAUGAGGAAAUUCCAGCUACAGUUCGAACGGCUCGUCGUGUUAGACUACAUCAUAAGGAACACGGAUCGCGGCAACGACAACUGGCUGAUCAAAUACGACGCGCCGCAGGUCACGCCGCGGGGAGACAUCGACAUGACCGACCCUAGCAAUUGGCAGACGCCGGAAGUGUCGAUAGCGGCCAUCGACAACGGGCUGGCGUUUCCGUUCAAGCACCCCGACUCGUGGCGAGCCUACCCCUACCACUGGGCCUGGCUGCCGCAGGCCAAGCUGCCCUUCUCGCAGGAGACCAAAGAGCUAGUACUUCCGUUAUUAUCAGACAUGAACUUCGUCCAGGAACUAUGUGAUGAAUUAAAUUUAUUAUUCAAACAAGACAAAGGGUUCGACAAGGGUCUGUUCGAGCGGCAGAUGUCGGUGAUGCGCGGCCAGGUGCUCAACCUCACGCAGGCGCUCAAGGACAACAAGAGCCCCGUGCAGCUGGUGCAGAUGCCCGCCGUCAUCGUCGAGAGGUCCAAAAGCGGGUCGACGUCGUCACGGUUCUUCGACUCGUUCCAGCAGCGCUUCCAGCACAAGUCACCUUUCUUCUCCUGGUGGUAGCGACCUAAACAAAUGGUGAUAAUACGCGGUGAAGUUAUUAGUAAAACAAUUGUAUGUAUAUUUAUGUAUGUUAAUGUAAAAUAGUGCAUAUUAAUAUAAAUUAGGUACUGCUGGAUUUAUGUAACUUAAUUUAUGCUAUAAUUUUAUAUCUACUUAAAAAUGUUCAACUUGUAUACAUUGGCUCGGUGCCUCUUCUUUCACUUGAAUACAUAUUGGAUUCCUAAGGGUGGUAUUCUACCUGUCCAAUUUCUUUGUCCGAUGUGCGAUGCGUCUCACUUUCUCGUUAAACAAAAUGUGAGACGCCAAUAUAUAUUGGACCAAUAUAUGGGACAGAUGGAGCACCCCAAUGUAAAGUAUCAUGUGACAUUUUGAAUUGUCAUUUAUUUCCUUAAACCGUUACCUAUUAACCUAAUUGGUUAUUUCAGUUAUUUGUGAUAGGUUCACUUAUACUAAAUAAAUGUGUUUAGGAAAUAAGCAAAUGGAAAUUUAGCUAACUGCAUAAUUGGGGGAACAAAAUUCGGAGAGUGAUAGGUUGUCGAAUGUUACUCAUGUUAUUAUAUAUUUCACUCGACGCAAAGUACUGGGCUAUAACCGCGAAAAUCGAAGUUCGCAAAUUGCGGGCAUUUUUCUCUGUCACUCUUAUUACGCCUUCAUUGGAGUAAAAGAGAAAGAUCCCCGCAAUUUGCGAAUUUCGGUUUUCGCGGUAGCCCCUUUGGACUGUAAAUCAUAGAGCAAACUUUAUUUAUUUUUUGUAUAACAAAUCUCAUUUAAUACUUAUUCGUCCAGUGUUUACGCACUUAAUAUUCCCAUCAUGAACUUGCAUUAAACAUUUUUUAAAUUCAUCCGUUCUGAUCAGUGCUUACUUGCUUAACCCUUCGUAUGUCUAAGCACUGAUCAGUGCGAACGAAUUUAAACCUAUUGUAUUAAACAAAGGAUUUUAAUUCGAGCGCACUGAUCAGUGCUUAUACAGACGAUAGGUUAAACAUACGAAGGUUUAAGCAGCUUGGAUUUUUUUUACAAUUUAAAAUAUACAUAUCUAAAAUACUCCAAAACAGUGGUUCAGUACAAAGUGUAUGUUUUUUUUUAAAAUCAGCAGUACUAAGUAUAAAAUUUGUUUUUCAUUAGUACAGUUAACCGCAUAAAACGUGUUACAUUUCUUACAUCGUACUGAUAUAAAAUAAAAUAAACGUACUCUUAAACAAAUGCGACUGUAAUGAAUUAGGGGUCAUGUUUAGACCACGACUAGUCGAAUGUUUUUCUUCUGAUAUAUUUUUUUAUAUUUUACUUUCAUAUUACAACAAAAGUAAUGAUUUUCCAAAACUCGUUACACUUUAGCAAAUUCGUCUCCAUUAAGUAAUAAAUUGAGAAUCUAAAGGUAAGCGUC